CAAACAGCUUAGCUCACAAACAAUGUUGUAUUGUAUACAAACAAUAGUCGCUGCAACAUGAACGAUCCUAAUCGUAAAAUAGAAAUUGAUAAAUCUUCGCUUCUUAGCUUAAAAGCGGAACUACUUCGUAAGCAGGAAGAGGUCGGAAGAGCAAGAGUGAACUCGUCCGUGGAAGAUUUUGUUCCCAAAAAAGUACCCAAACCGGAAAAGGAUGCAUCUGAGGGUCGAAAGAAAGGUUCCAACAAUCGAAAAGAAAAGAAACCGAGGCCAGCAGUCACCGAACUGGAAGAUGCUGCACAGUUGGCUCGAUCGAAGCAGAUGUUGCAGGCGAAAGCGAAGUAUUACGAACGGAUGGUGGCCUCCGGCGGUGCGCUUAACACGGACGAGAAUAGUUUGGUGAUGUUUAACAAGAAAAAACAAGAUGCAAAACCGACACACUACUUUUCCGAGGAUUCAGAAGAACAUAAAAGCGAUUUAAGUGAUUCCGAUUCAACCACCGACAGCGAUAGCAACGAAGACGAUGACAACAAGUGGGUGGAAUAUACCGAUUGUUUGGGACGCACUAGAAAAUGCCUCAAGAAGGACCUGCCGCAAUGUAUGGAGAGAGACCGAGAACUAGCAAAAUCGGUGGAACCACGAGAGGGACAACGACGAGAGGAUAUGGACGGCACGACCGAUAGCACAACACUUCCGAAAGAGCCCGAGGAAAAUCUGCAGAACAUUGAGGAGCAAGAAGACGGAGAUAUUAUUGGACCAAUGCCCUCGAUGGUCACUGCUGAGCCGGAUGUUGGAGAAAGAUUCCGUGAGAUGCGGGAGCAGUGGGUGGAGCAGGAAGAAGCAAACUUGGAAAAAGAUUCAAUACACUACCAGGACGUAUUAUUCAACGAGGCUCGAUUGCACGGUGUUGGAUACUAUGCCUUUUCAACCGACCAGCAGGAACGCAGUCGCCAGCGGGAAGAAUUGGACUCAAUCCGAGACUCCACCAUUGAAGCGCAACGGGAACGGGAAGCGUUACGGCAAGCACGCGAUAAAAUCAUCGCCGAUCGAGUUAAGGCUGCACGUGCCCGCCAGAGGGCUCGCCUGGGCUUACCACCGGAGGAGGAGGAGGAGGAGAACAAGCCCACUGAGAAGACGUCUGAUCAGUUGUAUGAAACGGCGGAAGAACGGCGGCUUAAAAAGAUCGAAGAGAAGGAGCGCAAAAAGAGGGAAAAGGAGGAACGCAGAAGGGAACGCGAAAGGGCACAACACGUGCGGCCUUGGGACGCCGGGAAAGAUCCCAAUGGGGAGGAGAAGGAUUGGGUUCCGGCCAAGGAACGCUUCGUCCUUUCGCAGCACGAGUGGAAUGAUCUGAAACGAGGGGAACGAAUCGCCGAAUUUGCUCCACCGCAAUUCGACCGACCAAGUGCUUCCAAUGAUCGCAGGCGAGAGUGGUCACAACCGCCUUGGAAUCCAGCCCCGAGGGCGUGUGUGGAGUCGGACUCGCUGGAAUCAAGCGAAGAUGAAGAGACCAUCGUUGGGCCGAUGCCACCAACGAUGGGAGAUGGCUCACUUCCGGUCGAACAGCAGGGAAAUCUUCUGGACGACAUUCCGCUACCGGAGGAGGAACCUUCGGCUCGAACUCUCUUUUUCACCACAAAAAAGAACCCACCCAAGAAGGAAUUAAAACGACGGAAUCUGAAUGCCGUUGAAACGGUCACUUCCGCCAACCAACCGCCAAUUCCGAUUCGCAACGAGCUAAGCGACGACGAGUUGUCCACUAAUACGACCCAGGAAGUGCGCGGAAAAGGGGCAGAAAUUGAACCUCCUCCAACGUACGAUUAUUAUGGUCCUUCUGGAGGCACAGGAGCGAGCCGGAAGCGACCCGCAACGGACACCCAAUCGAUGCUGGAGGCGUCCAUCGAAGCAGGGCUUAAGUUUUUGCGGAACCAGUCCGAUAAAGCGGGUGGUCCGGGAACCAAAAAUCGUUGGUCUUCAAAUGCGGACUAUUGAACGUACUGUUUCUGAUCGUUCAACGUCAAUCAUUGUUGAUCGUGACUAAAAGAACAAUA